AUGCCACACGUCAGUUCUCCUUCCCGUACUUUGGAAGGGAAGACCGGUAAGCCGAUAAGUAUUAAGAUACCGGAACAGAGAACAAACGGCUCCAAUGGAAUACUCUCGCCGAAUUCGAAUGGCCCUCUAUCGCCCCCGAUACUGGAUGCCACACCUAAAAAGCCACCGAAAGCCCCCCUGGGACGUGCUAUACUGCCGGUGAAAAAAUCUAAGACGCUUCCAAUUAAUUUUGAAGAAAAAGUCCCUCCUAAGCUAUCUUCGGGAUUUUUAAGUGGUAAGAAAUUUGUUGUUACCAAACCACUGAAAGAAGUCAGAACAAUACCACAACAGACGGAAAACGGAAACUAUUUAUCAACUCGAUCUUUGAGUCCUGCUUUGAAGAGAAGCACAUCGGUUUCAAUAGAGACAGGUUCGAUCGCGGAGCUUGCUCGUAGACAUGGCUCCAAUAAUAUCCUUACAUCACGAUCACCAAGUCCCUCUUCCUACGGAAGUGUCAAGAGUUCUGGAAGCCACUACUCGACUUGUAGCAGUAACAGCACUUUCGUUCCAUUAUCCCGUUCAUCGAGCUUAACUUCUACACUCUACAAUAGAACUCCCACUCCACGAAGAAUGUACCCACAGACCUCUGACAACUCAGACAAUGUUGACCUCAAAGAACUAUCGUCUAAAGAGCAAGCGCCCGUCGUCUUCGAUGCGAAUUUAUCAUUUGUGCUUGGUUGUAAGAAGCAGCCAGUACGACAAAAAUUCAAGCCGAUAGCUGCUCAUCUAGAAGAGGGAACCUCGUCCAAUUACUUGAGUACUAAAAUAGAUAACUUUCUGAAAAGAACCGAUCAUGUUAUGGAUGAAUGGAGAAGAAUGGGCCACAAGGAUGAACCAGAUCUCGAAAUGUACUACGAUGGAAAAAAGAGGAAAAUUGGUAGAUCGAAAUCCGCUACAAAUAUCAUGAUAAAAGGAUUCACUCUGUUCAGCCGCAGCGGAAGCCGAGCUAGCAGCGUCUGUAGGUCCUCGAGAGGCAUAUCUGAAGAUCGUACCACAGUUUCUGAAAUGGAUGAGUUAUCAGAGGUUGGUGGUGAGUUAUCAGAAGAGCGUGCGGCAGCGGCCCUAGCGACCGAACGAGCUGAUGCAGAGGCUGCGGAGAGAUUAAGAAUUGAGAGAGACAAUAGAGAACUACUGGCUAACAACCAACGUCUACAACAGGCAUCCGAACGCUUGGAACUGGAACUCCUUCAUUGGAGAUCUGCGGAGAAUGGUAAUGCUGAACCGUCUGACUCCGAGGGUUCGGAAGCAGAUGGAACUGCCAGCGGCGAUAAAUACAAGAGGCGGUUUGAGAGGGCCCACAGAGAGCUGCAACUGCUCAGGGCCCAGCUGAGAAGACAGCACGAAGACGACUUGGAACAGCUCGUGACAGUCAAGAAACAGCUCGAAAAGAAGGUUCAAGAUGCCUACGAGGAGGUCGAGGAACAGCGUGCGGUCGCUGCACAAUGGAAACGCAAACUGCAAAAGCUCACCAACGACAUGGCUGAUCUGAGAUCAUUGCUUGACGAACAAACGUGUCGUAACAAUCUGCUCGAGAAACGUCAGCGGAAAUUCGACGCUGAGCUCCACAGUGCCCAAGAGGAAUUGAAGAGAGAAAGAGCUGCUAAGGAGAGACUCUCGCGAGAGAGAGAUCAGGCGCACGCGGAGAAAUAUGCACUGGAACAGAGUCUAUCAGAGGCUCGUAUGGAGGUUGAGCUCAAGGAGGAGCGUCUGCUAUCAGCGGCGAGGGAGUUGGAGGAGAGGGGGGGAGGGGAUGAGGUGGCCGCUUUAAGGAGGACGCGCGGCGAGCUGGAGCGACGAGUGAGGGACCAGGAGGAGGAGCUGGACGAACUGGCUGGACAGAUACAGUUGUUGGAGAGUUCGAAGCUUCGUCUGGAGAUGCUUUUGGAGCAGCAGCGGAAGGAGGCUCGCCUUGAAGCGGCCGCUAGAGAUGACGAAAUGGAGGAAACUAGAGCGAACGCCUCUAAGAAACUUAAAAUGUUGGAGAGUCAGCUCGAAAGCGAGCAUUCUGAGCGGUCUCUGCUCCUUCGCGAGCGACACGAACUGGAACGACGAUUGGCGGCUCUUGAGGAGGCUGCGAGACAGGAGACACACGAACAGGGACAAUUGGUCAUCAGGCUUAAGAGGGAUGUAAAACGUUACCGCGCCUUGCUGCGAGACGCUCAGACGAUGUUGGAACAAAAAGAGAAGGAAGGCGGAGGGAAGACUCAGAUAAGACAUUUGAAGAAUCAGGUUGAAGAUUUGGAGCUAUCACUCCGCGCUGCAAACAAGGCACGUUCUACCGCCGAGAGCGAAGCGAUUGAAGCGACCGCAGCCCUUGAAGAAACCUCUCGGGCUAAGAACGAGGCUGUUGAGAGAGCUCACGCAGCUACAAGAGACGCGGCCGCCGCACGCGCAGCAUUAGACGACGCUGAGGAAGAAGCCGCUGAGUUGCUGAAGAAGUAUCGAGCUAGUACAAGCGCGUUAUGCGCCGCUCAAGCCGCCGCCCGCGAGGCUGAGUCACGAGCGGAGGCCGCCGCUGAAGAGGCUCGUCAGGCGAGAGAGAAACUCACAGAGAUGACGACCAGACUAGCACACGCUGAGGCAGGUCAUUCACACGAACAACACGAGGCUGGUAGACGACUUGAACUCAGGAAUAAGGAAUUGGAAUCGAGUUUGGAGUUAGAAGCGACGUCCCGAGCCCGUCUUGAGGGACAGUUGGCCAGACUGAGAGACUCUCACGAACAACUCGCCAGUGAACUUAGUGCAGCACGCGCCAAAGAUCACCAGGCCGCUGAGGAAGUUAGGAAACUAACAAGACAACUGAGGGAAUUAAAAGAAGAGAACGCAUCUCUAUCAUCUAAGCUGAGCGAAGUAUCUCGCGCUAAGAGCACAGCGGAGGCAGCGGCAGCGGCAGCAGCAGCAGAGGCAGCGGCAGCGCGGGACGAGGCCCGACUAGCGGCACGACGUGCGGCAGCGUUACAGGAAGCGAUCGCCGGAGACCUAUCAAGCCCCGGGGACUCUAGAGAUACUGAUAGUGAUAACGACAGUUACAGUUCCGAUGAAUCGAUAGGAACGUUCCUCGCCAACCACAAGCUGAGCCCGUCAGUACCUUCGCGUGCAAGUCUUCAUCUAGACUCACAGAAAUCCCAAAGCCCGGAAGGUCGGCAGAGCAGGUCGAGCGUCGGUUCUAACAGCAAGUUGAGUCCAACGAAGGAAUCGUUCGCAUAA